UAUGUAUGUAUUAAAACGGCAACACUCAAAAAGAAAAUCAGCUGUUUUCUGUCUACGUAAACUAUUUAGAGUGCAAAUUAUUUAUUUUGGAAAAUGAAAACUUUUGCUUAACUUUAAAAUUUGUUUCCAAUAAUGGAUCGAAAUAAACGCGAAUUAGAGACUUUGGUGUCUUCACAAAAGGAGCAGUUAACUAGAUACGAGAAGCGCUUGAAAGAUGUUGUCACCGCAUAUAAGGGAUUGCUAAAAGAAAAAGAAGCUCUUGAGUCGAGCUUGGCUGCGCUAACAGCUUCGAAGGAAACAAAUAACGAAAAUGCCUCUUCUGAUGUCUCCUCUAGGACGAUAUCAGAUGCAGUCAAUUCCAAAAAAAUUGACGGGCCCGAUGUAGCAUCUACUGAUGAUUCUAGCUGUGUAAAAGAUGAGAAACAACAAUUGCAAACACAAAUCAUGACAUUGAUGAAUUCAUUGGCUACGUUGUCAGCAGAAAAGUCACGAAUGGAAGCAUCUUUUCAGGCAGAUAAAAAACAAUUACGUGGUCAACUGACUCAGAAAGAUGAUUACAUCGCUGAGUUAAAGAAGACAAUUAAAGAGAAUGAUGUUAAAGCAAAAGCUCACUUGGACGAAAUUAAGGCAAAGUGGAUAAUUGAAUGUCAGGAACGCGAAAAGGAAACAAAUAAUCAGAUGGUUAUGAUACGUGAAUUACAAAAGCUAUAUGCUGAUGAAAGACAUCUUAAGGAAAAUAUUGAAAUGCAAUUAAAUAAUUUUAAAACACAAUUCGUCAGCAGUGAAACGGAAAACGACCGUAUACGCGAACUACAAACGCAACUAAGGGAGAGCAAAGCACAGUUGAGAGAAAUACAAUUGGGAGGCAAUAACAAGCAGGUAGCCACAAAAGAUGCCGUAGACACGACCGAUAAUAUGAUCGUAUUAAAGCAAGUACAACAACAAAUGCAACAGCUGAAGGAACAACACGCAGUUGCAAUAAAGAAUGAACAGCGACGUGUGCUGCUAGCGGAAGAACAAAGUAGACGUCAGGCAGCUUUACACGAGGAUCGCGUCGCCAAUUUAGAGGCUCGCUUGGCCGAAUUAAGUACAACAGUUGGAAACUAUGAUCGAUUACGACAACAGGAUCAAGAAAGCAUACAAGUGCUGCGAAAGAAACUCCAAGAAUUAGAAAGAAAUUCUGAUCCGCAAUCGACAUUGCCGAGUGAGUUAAACCCUUCGGACUUGGAUCAACGUCGGCGUAGGAGAAGUAAUAUAGUAUAUGACAUUUCAGCUAUAGUCGAUGAAAUUUUACAUCUGAAAAAGUUGUUAUUGGCUGAAAAUUCGCGCUGUACCAAUCCUGUAGAUAUAAGCAAAGUAUUUACAGUUAGCGCAGAUCAUACAAAAUGUCAUGAGGAAUUAACUAGUCUACAACAUCUAUACGACUCCUGUAAGGCCGAACUGGCACAAGAACAAGAACGCUUACUUUCCCAAAAGACACAUAUAUCUACUCUACAAGAAAAAGUCAAAGUGCUUAAUCGCAACAUAGAUGAGCAGGAAUUUGAUUUAAAAAACCAGGCUGAAAAAUUGAGAAAUGCUUUAAAAGAAGAACGUGAGAAAUGGAAAAAUAAAUUAAGUGAGUUAGAGAAUGAGACACGUUGUAGAGUUGUUGAUUUGGAACAGCAACUACAAAAGCAAAGGCAACGUUCCUUGCAAUUGCUCGAUGAGAAAGAGCAAGAAAUAAAAACCUUGCAAACAUCAUUCGAAAUUUUCCAUAAUGUAACAUUACCGUCGACUAUUGACGCCCAUAUUGAACAGAACUUGCCGACUUCAGCAUCCGAUGCUGAGAGUAAUGAUGGAAUUGGCACAGGCAGUGGCAACACGCAAUUGGGCACAAAAGUUCCAAUUAAAUCGAAAAAACUUUCGGUCGGUGAAAAUUGUCACAUGCUGCAUUACGCCAAUGAGAUAGCUCGAAAGGAUAUCGAAAUAACCGCACUGCGAAAAGCAAAAUACGCUGCUGAAACAAGUUUGCGAAAAGCUAUACAGGAGAAGGUGAACGCACAGGAGGAUUUAUGCGAUAAGAUAGCGCUACUCGAGGAGCAAGUCGACAGGCUGGAGCGCUGCAAAACUAGAGAGGGAGCAAAUCUUGAGUAUUUGAAGAACGUGAUUAUUAGUUAUAUUGUCACACGAGAUCCAGAUGGCAAGCGACAUAUGUUGAACGCCAUAAGUGCUGUACUGCAGUUGACACCAGUCGAGAUGCAGACGAUUAAUAACACAUUCCAGAAAAAAUGAAAUCUUACAUUUGCGCCAUGCACAAUAUGUGUAUGCGUGUAACCAAAAAUAUACAUUGUUAACAGUAUCAACAUUUGUAACAAAGCACAUUUUAAUAAUAAUUUAAUGUACAUAUUAUUUUAACAAUCCGAAAUAAAAUUAUUUACGUAUUAUUGAAA